AUGCCAAUCAUCUCAUUAACACCUCAGGUUGAAAAAUACACUUGUUGUAAAGACAGUAAAACAAAACAAGAAACAAAACGCUUCAAAGCGUCCGAACAAAAUAGCCUAGUGUCUCGUAAUGAAGAUGACUAUUGGGUGGAUAUUUCUGCUAGACGACUAGGAAACUCUCGUCUAGGUGCUUUAUAUGACGGUUCACAAUUCAAAGGUGUACAGAAAUGUGGUAUUAAUAAAUACAAUGUCCUCGUCGAUAUCAAGCACGUUGACUUGAAGGAGAGCAAAAUUAGUGGUUAUCUUAAUAUCGAAGGACUUACCAACGAAUGUCCUCAAUUAACAACGUUUUUCGAAGGUGAGAUUAUUGGACCACAGUAUUCUUUUUUGACAAGAAAAUGGCAAGCACAGCAGUACAUUGAUGCCUGUCACUGGGGAAAAUUCCCUUCCUUUGAACCGUAUAUUCACACCUUUAACGAUGAUGAUUUCACCUAUGAUCCAUUGAAUAAUGAUUUCAUCUACAUGCGUUGGAAGGAACAUUUUCUCGUCCCCGAUCACCGUGUGAGCAAUAUUGACGGGGCAAGUUUUGCGGGUUUUUAUUAUAUCUGUUAUCAAAGAUCCACCAACGAGAUCAAGGGUUUUUACUUUUACCAUAACAACGAGGAGUGGUAUCAACAGUUGGUUCUGCAGCAUGUACAAGAACGUUCGUUUAGUAAUUUUGAGUUUCGUUAAAUCAUCAUAUAAAAAAAAAUAGAUACCCUUUUUUUUCUUUUUUUCUUUUUUAAAUAGCCCAUUAAAAAAAAAGAUACCAUCUUUUUAAUGUAUGUGU